CUUCCUCUCCUGCAGUCUGGUAAAAAAGUGACCAGCGAUCCAAAUCCAUUCGUCCAGUUCAGAGUGGGACACAAGUCCUACGAUAGCAAGACCCGAUAUAAGACCAAUGAGCCGGUGUGGGAGGAGGCGUUCACCUUCCUGAUCCAUAACCCCCGCAGCCAGGAGCUGGAGGUCGAGAUUAAAGACGAGAAACACGAGUGUACGUUGGGCGUUUUGACGGUGCCGCUGACUCGCCUUCUGGAGGCCGAGGAAAUGACCUUAAAUGAACGUUUCCCCCUCAAGAACUCCGGCCCGAGCUGCACGCUGAAGAUGAAGAUGGCUCUGAGGGUGCUGAGCUUGGACAAAACCCCUCCCUCUUCCUCCGAACCCUCCUCCCCCUCUUCAGUGCAGGUCAACAAGAACAAGAAAACAAACCCUCAACCUGCCGCCUCUUCCUCCGACUCCCCCGUUCCUCCCUCCUCCACCUUCGAUAUCCCUCGCUCCGCCUCAGUGUCGGCGCAGGACGUCAUGAAUCGAAGGAAAGAAGCCAACGAUCCGAACCGCUCUGUAGGGAGCACUGAUUUGGGGCAGGGAGGAAGAGGAGGAGGUUUAGCUCUGAGUGGGAGGAGCUCCUCUAAUCUCGCCAUUUCCGGGUCGCAGCAAUAUCUGGCGGGCGGAAAAGAGCUGACUCCAAGCAUCGCUUCUGAUAUCUCCAACCCUUACGCCACUCAGGAGCUCCAGCAGAGACUCGCGCAGCUGCAGAAUGGUUCUGGUCCUGGUCACUCCCCUCUGGGUGAGAUCCAGCUCACCAUCAGACACUCCUCCCAGAGGAACAAACUCAUCGUGGUGGUGCACGGCUGCAGAAACCUGAUAGCGUUCACGGACCACGGCUCGGAACCGUACGUCCGCCUCUACCUGCUUCCCGACAAACGGAGGUCAGGGAGGAGGAAAACUCACACCUUCAAGAAGACCCUCAACCCCGUUUACGACCAGACCUAUGAGUUCAGUGUGUCUCUCGUGGAGCUCCACAGACGCACUCUGGACGUCGCGGUGAAGAACGGAGGAGGACUGCUCUCCAAACACAAAGGCCUUCUGGGAAAGGUUCUGGUGGAUUUGACGUACGAGGACACGUCUAAGGGUUGGACACAAUGGUAUGAGCUGAGUGAAGAUGGUCUGACGAAACCUCAACAACUAUAGAGCGAAACAACCAUCACAAUCACCAUCAUCAUCAUCA